AUGGAGGAAGGCGAGCUAGAGCCAUCUUCUGCUCAAGCAUAUGAUCCCGCCUACGAAUGGCCAGGGACCACGUCCGACUUCAAUGAGUAUGUCGGUCCUUCUGAUUCAUAUGCUGCCGCCUGGAGUUCCGAUGCACACAAUCCCACUCUGCUCGAAGCUACCGCCAGCUUGCCCGACCCUGGUUCAACUAGCGGAGGUCCCAAUCUCGUCUCGCGCUCUACGAAUGAUUCCUGUUUGCGUUUCGUCGUCAUUCAAUCUGGUAUACUCCCCGCAAAACACAAAGUUGCUAUGGCAGACGGAUAUCCCGAACUUCAGUUUGGGAGGGAUGCUGCUCCGACUGGAAGCUCCAUCCCGAGGGUGAGGCUCAAAGAGAUGGAAGUGUCUAAAGUACACGCCUCCGUCUACUGGGACGGAGCUAGGAAAGAGUGGGGUAUCGUCGAUAUGGGGUCAAAGCAUGGCACGUUCGUAAGGCACUCUCCGCAAGGCAACGACCACAACACGAUAGACCCGCACGACGUCGGCGCGAGGCUGUCCCCUCCAAGGAUGGCAAGUAUGCCUCGCAUGCUCAGACAUUUGGACCAACUGACGAUAGGCAGUACUACUUUCCUGGUCCAUCUCCAUAAAGCCCCAGCCUGCGACAUCUGUUCUCCCGGGAGCGGUGAAGAAAUCCCACUCUUUCCUACUCCCAAGAGGUCACACUCGUUGAAACAAUCUCGAGUGGGUGAAGGAUCAGAUCCUGCUCGUGUGCCCGCGCCCCAAAGAAGUGACCCUAGAGCCGCCUUAUCCAUGCUGAAGCGGAGCCUUCUCACUCGUCAUAAUUCACCCACCCCAGCAUCCGCCAGCUCUUCGAGGUCGGGCUCCCCGGUGAGUGCGUCGAAAGCAUAUGUCGAUAGAUCGGCACGUCGCAGGGCACUCCAGUCAGCUUCGCAGCACGACGCACCAGGCGUCCCUUCGAUAAAUGUUGCUCUACCAGCGCUCACGAACAGAGCUCAAUACCCAACUGGCAGCGUGUCGGAACCUAUAUCGCCGCGCGCUCUAACGCCGGACAUACCAGUUUCUCAACCUCCGGCUCCCUUGCCUAACACGAAUGUGGGUUAUCGAUUGUUGAUGGGACAAGGCUGGGAACCAGGAACUGCUCUCGGUACGCACGAUAAUACCUCGGCUUUGGAAGGCCGGACCGCGCUAGUAGAGCCAUUGGAGCUGGCCUCUAGCACGAAUCGUGCUGGGCUCGGAAUGCCCUCCAACGAUCAGAAGUCAGGUGAACGUCCCAACAUUGCUCCGAAUAGAGAACGAGACAAGUUUCGACGAUGGCAAGAAGAUCGGUUUCGCACCUCUGGCCGACAGUGA